AUGAGCCACGAGGAUCUCAAGAAGGGUCCAGUGGACCAAAACUACAAUGGGGGAGAUACCGAUAGCGAAGCUGGCCGUCUCAAGCAUGCCCGCGACAACAAGCGCCAGAUCGGCGUCCUGAGCGCCUCCAUGCUCAUCUUUAACCGCUGCAUCGGUACCGGUAUCUUUGCGACUCCGUCUUCCAUCCUCUCCCUGUCUGGCAGUGUCGGCUUGGCUCUCUUCAUGUGGGUCAUCGGCGCCGUCAUCGCCGGAGCCGGUACGGCCGUCUACCUCGAAUGGGGUACCGGUAUCCCCAAGAACGGAGGUGAAAAGAACUACCUCGAGUACAUCUACCGCAAGCCCAAGUUCCUGGUCACCGCCAUGUAUGCCUUUUACAUCAUCCUCAUGGGUUGGGCUUCUGGAAACUCGGUCGUCUUUGGCGAGUACAUCCUCCACGCCGCCAACAAGGAGGUCGACCGUUGGAACCAGCGUGGUGUCGGUCUGGCCUGUAUCACUGCUGCCUUUAUCAUCCAUGGCACUGCUCUCAAGUGGGGUCUUCGUCUUCAGAACGUUCUCGGCAUAAUCAAGAUCAUCAUCGUCUUGAUCAUCAUCAUUGCCGGCUUUGUCGCCCUCGGCGGUCACGUCAAGCUUGAUGAGAAGCCCAACAACUUCCACAAUGCCUUUGACGGCCCAAAGGCCAGCGCUUAUGGUGUCGUUACCGCCCUGUACAACGUCAUUUGGAGUUUCGUCGGUUACAGCAACGCCAACUACGCCCUGAGCGAGACCCGAAACCCUGAGCGCACCCUCAAGAUUGCUGCUCCCAUCGCCAUCAUCUCCAUCUCGAUCCUGUACAUCCUCGCCAACAUUGCCUACUUUGCCGCUGUCCCCAAGGCCGAGAUUAUCGCCUCUCAGCGCCUUGUCGCUGCCUCUCUGUUCCGCAACGUCAUGGGUAACGCUGCUGAGCGUGCCCUGUCCGUCUUUGUCGCCCUGUCCGCCUUUGGCAACGUUCUCAGUGUCAUCUUCUCUCAGGGUCGUCUUGUGCAGGAGCUUGGUCGUGAGGGUAUUCUACCCUUCUCCCGCUUCUGGGCCAGCAACCGCCCUUUCAACGCUCCUCUGGCUGGUCUCUUUGAGCACUGGCUCAUCUGCGUCAUUGUCAUUCUUGCUCCUCCUCCUGGUGAUGCUUACAACUUUAUUCUCAACCUCAUUUCUUACCCUCUUGCCAUUGUCAACACCUUUGUCGCUGGCGGUCUCGUCCAUCUCUACCUCAACCGCGCUCACUACAACUGGAACCCCCCGAUCAAGGCUACUCUGCCCGUCGCCGUCUUCUUCAUGCUCAGCAACAUCUACCUUGUCAUCGCUCCCUUCAUCCCCCCGACCGACGGCCAAAACGUCUACAAGAGCAUGCCCUACUAUAUCCACUGCGUUGUCGGUAUUGCUGUUCUGGCUGCUGGCGCUAUCUACUGGGUCUUCUGGGCUGUCAUCCUCCCCAAGCUUGGUGGCUACGAGCUCACUCGUGAGGUUGUUGUUGACGAGAUUGAUGGUUGGGAGUCAAAUGUGUUUAUCCGCAAGCCCAUUGAGAACUAA